AGGCUCAGUUGACAAAAUGGCUAUGACACAAGCACGUGAACCUGACUUCAGAUUCCCAUAGCCAUGUAAAAUGGUAGAGCUGGUAAUGCACAGCUAUAAUCCCCCUGGGGUGGGGAAUCCCAUUGUAGCUGCAUCAAUGAGCCCCAAGAUUAAUAAGAAACCUUGUCUAAAAAAAUAAGGUGAAGAGUUACAGAGAGACGCCUCUGGCAUCGACCUCUGACCUCUGCACCCACAUGCACAUGUGGACUCUCAUAAACAUACAGAACAAUAUAUUUUUAAGCUGCUAUGGAAAAAGAAGUCUGCUGUUUUAGUCAAAUAAAUAAAGUGAAAAUUUACAUUUUUAAUUUCCAUAAGUACUUCAAAAAGCUAUUCUCACUGAACAAAACGUUCCCAAAAUGUCCUGAGAAAACAUCUAUAUAAAGGUUGUGUAGGUGGAUCGCCAGUAAGGGUGCUUGGCCCAGGCCUGACAACCUGAGUUCAAUCCUUGGGACCCACAUAGCAAGAGAGAACCAACUCCAGGUUGUCAUAUGAUCUCCCAUUCGAGUAUGUAGGAAGUAAAUGUAAAUAUGGUUAACUCUUGAAUUGAUGCUACCUGGAUUUUCGCACGCAUAUAAAACUUGUAUGUUCACCUUGGGGCUUUGUUGGCUAUUUACCCAUCUGACUGACUGCACAAGACCCUGUAAAGGCCAACUCAACUUUGUCUUUAUGGAUGUCAGUCUAGGAAAGUUUUUUUCUCAUGGUGCUGGGGACUGAACCCAGUAAGUGUGUCAAGUAAGAACUCUCCCUCAGGUACAUACCAUGGUUUGUUGUUGUUGUUGAAAUGUUUUACGUAAAUGUGCGCGUGUUUGAUCUCUUCAAACUACCAGGAGAGGUGCGGGGCAGGAAAAUCACGACCUCGCUCCACCGGUGCACCAGAGACUGUCACCAGGCUCCUACAGCGACAACCGGAAGUUGCCGUUGGGUCUCCAGCUCCGUCUACAGGAAGUGCCCCCUAUCCUUCAUCCCUUUGGGCCCCUUCCAGCCGAGCUGCAUGUCUCUGCUCGGAGACUAACAGCAAGUAACGCCCGGCUGUGGCGCUCUGACCUCUUGGCUCCUUUUUAGCAGCUUUUUUCAUGAGCUGCACAUCCUCGUAGCCCACAUUCCCUAAACUUUUAAGUAGCUAAUAGACACAGCUACGCUGCUGGGCGCUGGCAUAUAGUCUUAGCGUAGAUCUGGGCACGUUAGAACCCUGGCUAAUGCACCACAGGUACAUCUAUUACAUUCGUCAAAAAGUGUACUGGUCUUUUGGGGUACCAGAGUGUGCUGCAAUUCUAGAGUCUAUGUAGAGGUCUAUCAGGAGCAGGAGUGGCUAUGCAGUGAUCUGCAAUAAAUGCUGGAGAACGAAGUCCGGUGCACACCCGGUUACCACCUGUGUGGCUCAGUUUUCCCAUUCGUAUAUUAGGUUUGAGGGUGGCCACAAAAGAUUAUGCACGUACAGAGCAGGUCAUAUGUCAGCGGGAAUUUACAUUAAAAGGAUGGACCAAAACAAAGUGGGAAGGAAAACUGUCACCCUGUAGUGAAUUCGAGGAAUUGGGAAGCCCAUGUUUUUCUGAUGUUCAUUUACAAAUACAUUUCUGAAGCACAGACUUCAGACAGCCGAACCAGCUUCUAAGUUCAACAUGUAUGAAGUUUUGCCGGGUUCUCCUCCUGAAGGCAGCCUUGUGACAGUGAAGGUGGAAGAUCCCACCUGGAAGCAGCCAGAGCUGGACCCUUUUGAAGAAAUGGUACAAACGGGGAAGAACUCAAGAAUACCCAAUAGAGAUUGUGCACCCCACAUUCCUGGUAGUGCUACUUCCCCCACUGAAAAGACAAUUUCAAAUUUAAACACUGUUGGGAGCUACCACCCACCCUGUGACUCCUAGGCCAAGAUGCACAUUGCGUCCUUGCAGUACAUGGCCGGGAGGGAAAAAGACAAAUCUCGAGUGAGUGAGCUGCUCCAAGGCCUUGCAUUUUCUGAUGAUUCAGAGGCAGAGGAAGACAGUGACCCUGAGGUGCAGCCUGAGAGAAAGCUAAAGGCAUCCAACAUGCCUGAGAAGAGCUAGACGAAAAGAGACAUUAAGCCCAACUUUCCAAGCUGGUCAGCACUGGAUUCUGGACUUUUGAGUCUCAAAAGUGAGAAGUUAAACCCAGUAGAGCUCUUUGAAUUAUUUUUUGAUGAUGAAACAUUCAACUUAAUUAUUCAAUGAAACCAAUAAUUCAAUGAAACCAAUAAUUAUGCUUCUCAGAAAAAUGUCAACCUGGAAGUCACAUUGCAGGAAAUGUGGUGUGUGUUUGGUGUCCUGCUCUGGAGUGGAUUUGUAAUGCAUCCCAGAAUGGGGAUGUAUUGGGAAAUCUCUGAUUCUGAUCAGACUCUGGUGAGAAAUGCUAUUAGAAGAGACAGAUUUGAAUUAAUUUUCUCAUACCUGCAUUUUGCAGGUAAUAGCCACCUACAUCAAAAAGAUAAGUUUUCAAUAUUGAGACCUCUCAUAAAGCAAAUGAAUAAAAAUUUCCUCUUGUAUGCCCCCCGCCUAGAGGAAUACUAUUGUUUUGACAAGUCAAUGUGUGAAUGCUUUGAUAGUGACCAAUUUCUGAAUGGAAAGCCUCUUAGAAUUGGAUAUAAAAUUUGGUGUGGUACAACUACACAAGGCUAUCUGGUUUGGUUUGAGCCUUACCAAGAAUAUUCAGCUGUGGAAACAGAUAAGGAGCUGGACCUUGGGCUAGGUGGCAAUCUAAUAAUGAGUUUUGCUGAUGUUCUUUUGGAGAAAGGUCACUAUCCCUAUCACUUGUGCUUUGAAAGCUUCUUUACAAGUGUUAAACUGAUGUCAGCUUUGAAGAAGAAGGGAGUGAAGGCUACAGGAUCGAUUCGUGAAAACAGAAUGGAAAAAUGUCCACUUAUGAAUGUGGAACAUAUGAAAAAGAUGAAGAGGGGGCAUUUUAAUUUCAGGGUAGAAGAAAAUGAUGAGAUAUUUUUAUUCCAUUGGCAUGGUGACAGCUUUAUUAGUCUGUGUUCAAACGCUGUAGGCAUAGAACCAGUGAGUGAAAUAAGCUGUGUAGCCAACGGUAAAGCAUCCCCCCAGGUGAGCCAACCAUCCAUUGUGAACUUAUAUGAGAAAUGCAGGAAAGGUGUAGCUAAAAUGGAUCAAAUUAUUUCCAGAUACAGGGUGGGAUUAAGAAGUAAGAAACGGUCCUUGGGUUUGGUUAGUUACAUGAUCAACGUGGCCAUGAAUAACGCAUGGCAGUUACACAGAAUCUGUAACCCAGGCUCUCCUUUAGAUCUCUUGGGUUUCUGGAAAUGUGUGGCAUGUUUUUACUUGGGACAUGAUAUUAAUCUGUCUGAUUAGGACAUAUAAAGUACACAGUAACAACACACAAACACACAAAUUAUAACUGUAAUUAGAUCUCCAUUACCAAAGCAAAUGUAAUGGAGAAGGUAUGAUUGCAUAACUGGUAUUGUUUACAUCAAAGAUUUUUGCAGGGAACAAUAUUUAAAAAAACAUUCUGUGAGUGUUGGAUUUGUGUUGCCUUUAUGUGUAGUUUUGUGUCAGAUAUGUGAAAUGACUUAUUUGUUAAAUUAUUUUAUAUAUUAAAAGAACAAAAACCUACCAUUCCCCCACUGUCGGUUUUGUUUUAGAGAUUGACAUUUUGAAAAUGCAAGCAAUAUCUAUUCUAUAGAAUGGCACUAAGUCCACAGCCCAAAAUAGAUACAAAAGAGAUAUACAAGUCCUGGGGGAAGGAUGUUCUAACAAGACAUAGGUAUAAGGGACUAAAUAUCUCAGCUGGGCCACACUGUAUGUUGAGACAGGACCAGGCAUGGAAAAUUGCUGUGUGUGUGUGUGUGUGUGUGUGUGUGUGUGUGUGUGUGUGUCUUUAAAUGCUGAAGAAAAUGUUAUUGCAUAACUAGGAGGUCAAAGAGGAAGAUAUUGAAUCAGUCUGAGCAACAGUUACCUUGAGAAGAAAGCAAGUAUAAGGUUAGUGACAUAAAGUCCAUGUUAAUGUCUCUUAAAAUGAAUGAGUCGAGAUUGAGGUCAGCAGUGGUUAUUCAUCCAGUGAAAGACAUUUGGAGCGCGUGAACUAUGACUCCAUAGUGCUGAGGUCUUAUAGGAGUAAAUUAGACCAAUGACAAGGAUUCUACAUCAUUUCUGUAUUUAGACACAAUUGAUUUUCUCUCAAUUUGUUUUAUUGUGUUUGUAUCUGUGGCAAAGGGUGUCUUAGUUACUUUUCAGUUGCUGAGAUAACUUCUAUAAAAAAAUGUAUUUACUGGGGGGUAAAGGUUUCCGAGGGUUAGUGUUUAUGAUCGUCAUUGUGGGGAGUAUAGCAGGCUGGAAGGGCGUUGGGCAAUAGCUGAGUAUUUAAACCUUGAUCUACAAGCACAAGUGUUAACUAGGAAUUUUAUGGUCUUUGAAACUUCAAAGUCAGCCCUCAGUGACACACUCUUCUAAAAGACUAUACCUAAUUUUUCCCAAACAGUUUCAACUGAGGACUAAAUAUUCAAGCAUAUGAGCCUAUGGGGUCAUUAUCAUUCAAACAACCACAAGGGGAUUAUUUUAUAAUUUGUCAUUAUUGUUUUAAAUUUAUGAGUCUUGAUUCACAUGCAUCUGUGGGCCAUAUGAGAGGGGGAAGAAGGUGUUGGAUCGUCUGGAACUGGAGUUACAGAUGACUGGGAGCCACUGUUUGGGUGCCGAGAAUUGAACCCAGGUACUCUGAAAAAGUAGCCAGUGCUCUUAACCAACGAGCCAUCUCUGAAGUCCUCUUGAAGGGCAAGUGUAAUAAUAGAUUCAUUCGUUCCACAGAAGCUCCUCAGACUAUAUUCCUGUCACUGAAGUAGACUGAGCGACUCUCCCCCCUCUUCACUUUCCCCCCAACUUCUGCCUCAUUCCCCCUCCUUUUUUCAGAGUAUUUGAAACAAAGCAAAACAAAGCAAUAGCCCAAGCUGUCCUUGACGUUAUGGGAAUACUUGCUCAGCCUCCUAAAUGCUGGGAUGACAUACGUGGGUGACCAUGCCUCAUUUGGCUUCUGCUUUAAAGUCAUGCCAUGAAAGUGGCAUUGCAGAAAGAGGUCUCAGGUAAGGACUAAUAAAGGUUUCUGCUGAUCUGUUCCAAAGGAUGCUCACUGUUUACCUUGCUGUGCCCCUGCACUAAACACAUGAUAUUUCUGUCUACACUUGCUGCUCAAACAGUACCUUACAUGGUGGCUUUUUUCAGUGUAUGUCCAUUACUAGAAAAUCAGCUUCCAAAGUAUGUCUCCUACAGCACCACAGGACGGAAAUUACUUGCUAUGUACUAUUCAGGAUAUUUAAAUUUAAUUAGCAAAUUAACUGGAAAAUUUAGCUUAACCAAAUAAAUAGCUGUAUCUUUUUUUCCAAAUGCCAACUUAAUUUUUUAAAAUCACAUUUAUUUGUGUGUAUGUGUGUGGGUAUACACAUGCUAUGAGUAUGUGUGUUUAUACAGAGUUCAGGGCACAAAUUCUCCCCAUAUGGGUUCUAAGAAUCAUGAAAAAUCAGGAGGUACAGAUGUGAUACACAUGCCUACUUUAGGCAAAAUGCUCAUACAAAUAAAAUAAAGCCCUUUUUACACACACACAGACACACACACACACACACACACACACACACACACACACACACACACACAAAUGAUUUAUUAGAAAAAGACACCUGCUGCCUGAGCCUAAUGACAGGAGUUCAAUCCCCAGAUCCUACAAAGCAGAGAGAGAGAACUAACUUCUCAAUGCAUAGAUUAAAUGAACUAGAGAUUCCUCACAAGAGGCAACAUGUCAGUUAACAGUGAUAAAAAGUCAGAAUCACCAACAUAUGUCCACUCACAUUAAAGACUGAGACUUUCUUUUGGAGUAAGUUUGACCAACAGUAAAUGCAAAUUUGAAUUCUGUACUUCUCACCCUAUGUCUUCUACUUCUCCAUAUCUUAUCUGUAUGUUGUGAAUAUGUGUGUGUAUCCUGACCUAUCUGUAAUCUGUCUAUUGUAUAAGACUCUAUCUGUGCCAACCUGAAUAUUGUCCUAUCUUCUAGAUCUCUCCCUAACAAAGGGCACUACUCUGUAUUUUUUGAACAGAUCAUAAAAUGUCAUAUGGGGAAGGAAUGAAAAUACAGAAAUUGUUAAUAGAGUUUUACAAGGUAUUCUUGUUGGUGUUUAAAUCUCAGCGUGCACCCAGACAAAGCACACCAAACGAACAUGGUUCCACGUGGAGAGGUUUAAUGAAGAGGAGUAGAAGAGGGGAUAUGCUGGACAAGAGCAUGUGGAGGGAAGGGGGUAGGGUGGGGGAGAAGGGAUAGGGACAAAGAGGGCAUGAGAAGAGGAAGAGCAAGAGAGAGCAAGACAGGAGUAAGGGGGGCCAAGAAGCCCCUUUUAUAGUCAGGCACAACUGGCUGUUGCCAGGCAACUGUGGGGGUGGAGCUUAGAAUACCAACAAUUCUAUUUUAUGAACUCCAAUUAGCCCCAAAGCACUCAGAGAAGCAAACAUAUCUACCAUCAAGUAAUAUCCACGUUUGUUUUCAGCAUUUAUAAUAGGUACUUAUUUUAUAAAGCUGCUUUCAUCUUGCUUUCUGUUUUCAAAGCAUGGUAAUCAAACACACACACAACAUAUAUAUUGUCUUCUGAGUCAGAGCCAUGAAAAAAGUAUGCAUCUAAAAUUAAAGCUCUGCACUAGCUUAGGUUCUGAAAGUUGAUAACAUGGAAAACCCAACGCUGGUGGUGUUAGCUGUUACACUGUCUUCUUAAAGGCAGGCUAAACCGACUGAGCACACAACAGACUAUCAGUCUUAGAGUGACCUCAAAGUGUAUUAACUCAGCUGUGAGUUCCAAACACCAAAUGCCAAAAGUUCCAGUCUUCUUAAUAUAAGAGAUAUUUUUAUAAUAACCUAUACUUGAAAAUUGUCCUCUCACCUCCACAUGUUCACCCACACUCCCACAUACAUGUUAAGUAAAUAAAAACUCAAACUAUCAACCAACUCUUUAAAAAUGUUGAAGAAGGGGCCGAGAAAACGUCUCAGCAGUGACGAGUACUCAGUGCUCUUGCAGAGCGCGUGGGUUUAGUUCAGAACCGUGUUGGGUGGCUCAGGACCACCGUUAACUCCAGUUCCAGGGGAUCCAAUUCCCUCUUCUGGAUUCAGAAGCCACUUGUAUUUACAUGGUGCACAUCUACCUAGGCACACAUGUAUACACUUAAAUAAUUAAAACUUAAAAAAAUUUUUUGAAAAUGUAUCUUAUAAUAUCAAACCUUCAGCCAAAUUUAAUUUUUUUAUAUAAGAAUAAGCAAACACAUCUCAUCUGUUCCAAAUUUGCUGGGUUUUUUUUCCAUUGAAAAAAUAUUAGAAUGAUUAGUGCAUAUGUGCAUAGUAUUAUAUGUAUGAGCAUGUGCAUGUACAUACAGCAUGCAUGUGGAAGUCAGAGGACAACUUUGUGGGGUCAGUACUCUUUGUCAACCUUGUGGGUGUCUGUACUGAACUCAGAUCACCAGGCUUGGUAGCAAGCACCUUUUACUGGCUGAGCCAUCUUGCUGUCACACCCUGCUUUCAUUUUAGUACAUAGUAAAAUAAUAUGUAUAUGAGAGAACUGUUUUGAUCUUUCAUGGUUUCUUAGACAAGGUGACAAUGUUGCUCAGGCUGGUCUUGCACUCACAAUCCCAAGCAAAGCUCUUACAUCAGCCUUCUGAGUGCAGAGGCUAAAGGCACUCACCACUAUGCACUUCAUGGGAAACCACUCUAAUCCUGACUUUGUCUCAAUCUCUCUAGAGUUUAAAAAAAAUCACUUUUGACCCCUGAAAAAUAAUGUAGAUGCUGAAAAUAUAUCUCUUUGUGUGGAGCAUAUGAAAUGAAAUUCUCUGGAAAAGCUACGCCUGUGUUGUCUCCCAUUCUCUACCUCUCCAUUUUCCCAGUUCUCCAGUCUCUUUUUGCUUCAGCUGCCUCCAGAAUCUCUGAACUCCCUCUCAGUCCCCAUCUGUCAAGCUGCACUCAUCACAUUGUUAAGGGAGACCAUAACAAUGACUUCCUGUGCAGAGGUGGGUAAUUCUUAUCCCCAAAGCAUCCAUUUGUGUCUUACAGAAAAAUACCUAACUUUAUAUUAUUUUUUAAACUCACCCAAUCUUUACAAAGUGCUUACAAAUACUCAUAGUUGUUCAAUAUUCACUAUUAAUUAAAAAUUUGUAUUCAAAUUUAUUUCAAGAUUUGGUUAUUUUAAGAGAAAUCAUUAGAAAAUGAACCAAAAAAAUUGAGAAUAAGAAAGCUGAUUAAAAGAUCCAGAGAAAGAAGAUCCAAAAGACACAAAUAUCUGCAAAUAUCUGGUUUUUUGAAGACAAUCCUUUCCAAAGCAAACAACCAACAACAACAACAACAGCAACAAAAAAAAUGGUAAGCUGACCCCUGACACUAUUAAUGAUUCUCUGUUAUGCUUGCAGACAGAAGCCUAGCAUAACUGUUCUCCAGAAGGCUUCACCCAGCAGCUGAGUCAGACAGAUGCAGAGACUGAUAGCCAAACAUUAGAUGGACCUCAGGGAGUCUUAUGGAAGAGCUGGGGGAAGGACUGAGGAACUGGAAGGAUUAGGAAUUCCAGAAGAAGACCAACAGAGUCAACUAACCUAGACCUUGGAGGUUCCCAGAGUCUGAACCAUCAACCAAAGAGCAUACAUGGGCUGGAACCUAGGCCCCAAUAUACAUGCACAUAGUAGAUGUGCAGCUUGGUCUUCAAGCGGGUCCUCCAAUGGAGUGGGAAAGGGGCUGUCCCUGGUUCUGUUAUCUGCCUGUGUGUCCUGUUUCCCUAACUGGGCUACAUUGUCUAGCAUCAGUGGGAGAAUUUGUGCCUUCUCCAACAGUGACUUGAUGUACCAGGGAGAAGGGGGAUGUAGGAGGGGUGAAAUGGGGGCAGGGAUGAGGGGGUGGGGCUGUGAUCAGGAUGUAAGUGAAUAAAUAAAUUAAUGGAAAAAAUUAGAACAAAAUAGACCACUCAAAAAUCUUAUUUUUCAAGAUGGCCCUAUUUAGAGGACUGUCAGGUCACACAGGCAGUCGAAGUAUUCAGAAAUGAGCUUAAACUGUACUAUAGGAGUUCAGAUAAUUAGAUAAAUGCCAAUAUUCCUCAGGAACCUGUGAAACUGACUCCCACUUGCCAAAAGGAGUCAUUUCCCUUUUCUCCCAGCAGAAGAGGCACAGGGCUACCUGUGGCGCUUCUCAGCAUGACAAAGCCCAUGCUGACAUCCAGGCUGUUACACAUUUCAAAGUCCAGGCUAGCAUCCUGCCCUUCUCACCUCCUCCUCUACCCCAAACCCCAUACAGCUCACAGGCUUACCCUCUCCCAGGUACUCACCUUCUAAUAAUAGUCAUUAUGCUCUCUGUGUUUAAUAAUAGUCAUUAUGCUCUCUGGCUACUUCUCUCACAGACAGCCCUGGAAUGUCCAGUCUGCUGCUGCGUUAAGUCUAGUUCUUUCUCUGCUCCGGAUUCUUCCAGGUCUCUCUCUCUCUCUCUCUCUCUCUCUCUCUCUCUCUCUCUCUCUCUCUCUCUCUCAGUAAAAAUCUUAACCAUAUCAUGGAGCAGUCAUGUUGGCAGUUUCUUUACUGAAGCCCCUCACAUCCAAAGGCUACAAGUCCACAGAAUCAACCCAAUUCAGCAACUGUGUUCUAAAAAUAUCAGUGCUGACUGAAGGCUUUCCCACACUUACCAUAUUUAUAAAGCUCUCUUAUGUGGCUGCUCUGGGGAUUCAUAAGGAAUCUGGGGAUUCAUACUAAAGCUUGUAUUGCACUGACUGCAAUGGAUUUCUCACCAGUGUGGAUACGAAGACACUAAGAAAACCCUGCAUUCUGAAUAAAGGCUUUGACAAACUCA